UCUUACAUUCAGUAAACCGUGUAAGCUAAUACUAGUCGCACUCUUUAACAUUUGCAUAAUAGUAAACUGUAAACAUGCUGUGAAAAAAUACAGAACUUCAUAAAAUUACACUGUUUUAUUUUAAUUCGAUUUUAUUACAGGUUAACAAUAUAAUUAUGAACGGCUUAUAUUAAAUUUGGAUUUAACGCUUGAUGUAAACGAGAAAUCUUGACUUGCACUGUAUAUUCUAGUUACACCAAGGGACGAAAUUUCUCUUUAUAAAAGUUUAGGAUGUCAAAAGAGUGUGAGUGCCACGAUCAAAAGCAGGGACCCAGUGUUGAUAAAAGAGCCAGACGGAAGUUACUGACAGCAUGUGUCCUCUCUGUAUUGUUUAUGACUGCUGAAAUCAUUGGUGGAUAUUUAGCCAACAGUUUAGCCAUAGCAUCAGACGCUGCUCAUCUGUUAACAGAUCUAGCCAGCUUCCUGAUAAGCCUUCUGGCUUUGUAUUUUGCUUCAAGACCACCCACGCAAAAAUUGAGCUUUGGCUGGUACCGAGCAGAGAUUCUAGGAGCGUUAGUUUCAAUUCUUCUACUAUGGGUAAUAACGAUUGUGUUAUGCUACAUGGCCGUGAUAAGGGUCAUCAAGAGAGAGUUCGAGGUCAACGCUACCAUCAUGCUUAUAACGGCCGGCUGUGGAGUGGCAUUUAACCUUGCAAUGGGUCUGACAUUACACCAGGGUAGCCAUGGUCAUUCUCACGGCGAUAACAGUGCUAGCAAUAACGGCACGGCGUUGACAGAUUCAGACAAGGAAAGGUUGACGUUAACGUCAUUUGAUUGUGAGCAAGGGAACGCCAGAACACCGCAGUCUUCAUACGGUGGCCUUUCUAUUAAUGAAACAGCAGACGAGAUUUCGGCGGGAAAAGAGGACGGACAUUCCCAAAAAUCUAAUAUAAACAUUUCAGCAUCAUUUCUUCAUGUGAUGGGAGAUCUUAUUCAAAGUAUAGGCGUUCUUAUAGCAGCACUGUUUAUCUAUUUUAAGCCUGAGUGGAAGCUAGCUGAUCCAAUUUGCACAUUUGUAUUUUCUGUGAUUGUAAUUGGCACAACAAUAGCAAUUCUAAGGGAUAUAUUGCUUGUGUUAAUGGAAGGAACUCCACGCCAUUUAGAUUUCAAAACUAUUCAUCAAAGUUUAAAAAGCAUACCGGAAGUGGAAGACAUACAUGACCUCAGAAUAUGGUCGCUAUCAAUGGAUAAAAUAGCGCUAUCCGUACAUAUAGCUGUCAGUAAGACAACAGAUACAAUGGUAGUGUUAAAGAAAAUACGGAGUUUGAUUAGGUCACAGUUUGGAAUUACAGAAACAACAAUUCAGUUUGAAGAAUAUAUGCGUGACAUGAAGGAUUGUUCUCAUUGUAAAGACAUUUAAUCUGAAGUACCGGAGCACGGUGCUUCUAGAAAUAUAUAUGCUCGUACAUGUAUAUAAAUAAAUAAAUAAAUAAAUGAAUAAAUAAAAACGGCUUUCUCAAAGUAACGGCUUUCUCAAAGUAGCGGUUUUCUCAAAGAAACGACUUUCUCAAAAUAACAGCUUCCUCAAAGUAGAGGGUACAGAUAAGACAGAGAGACAGAGACAGUAGUCAAC